AUGUCGUCGUCCAAGCGAAAGCGGGCCGAUCGCUCCCAUGUCUCCCAGACGGAGGCAGAGUACAACGCUCUCAAGGACAAAGUCCUGGAGCAGGCAGCCGAGAACAAGCGGCUCGUCGAUCAGGUGAACGGUUUGGUGGUAGAGAAGAGAGAGCUCACUGAGCAUAUCGUGGAGUGUGGCGCCUUGACAGGUAAUAUAUCUGCUAUCAUCUUGGCCAUCAGACUUUAUUCUAACUCAUGCGCACCGAUUAGGCCUCAAACCAAGUAUUCGCGCGAUGGUGGCAUCGCAUCCUGAUGCAGCGAUACUCCUACACAAGGCUGUCAACAAAAUCAUGGAUGAUACCAACGAAAAGGCCCAUGAUACAUACACUCUCAACCAUUGUCUCCUCGUAUUCGGAAAGUGUUUGGCGGGAAGCGAGGAUCUUCUUAGUUUACCUGAGGGUAGCAGUCUCGCCUACAAUUUUACUAUCCGCUGGGCCGUUCGAUUCUACGAAGAGGCUGAGAGUCGAGUAUUCUGGCUUCAAAACCAAGACUUCCAUGUUUCCGAUACCAAAACUGUCAAUUUGCUAUCAAGAAUCAUGGAGAAAUUGGACAAAGAGCAAGAGGGUUUUACGAAUGCUGCAGGAAAGAGUUUGCUGGAUCGACGAAAUCUUAUCAUGACCAGUUUUCUCAAAGGGAAACAACCCAUAUCGAAGGAUGUAGCGCCGGAUAAUGGUCUAAACAAUCGGAUCUCGUCUGGAGCAUGUCGGCAGAAUGGAAUAUUAUACGUAUCUCGCAUGACAGCCACACCUGAAGCAGAGCCACCUGAGCCACCUGAGCCAGCAAACUAUUCAUCGCCACCGGUUAACACCAGAUCUAGGGAAUCCAUUUCGUCUGCUUCAGUACAUGGUCGCGCUGGUGCACCAGACCAAACAACCACGCCAAACAUUCCCGAUGAUUCCCAUGUUUCGGCCUCUGAAAUUCAACUACCAGACAUCGAAAUUGGCCUGAGUCCCUCCAUCGGACCUUUGGAACUUACCCGUCGAAGAAUCAUGUUCUACAGUCGUCUUGAAAAGGAAAAUACAGCUGAGACUGAAGCUUAUGGAUUGAAAGUCUUUGCUGAAGCUCUUGAGAAGCCUUUGUUUGGUAUAUUCAAGGCAGAGUCAUACGAACGGUUGAAAACCCUCAUUGAGAGCCAUGAGAAUGGUCGCCUCGAAGUUGGAGGUGCAUAUAAAGAUGGUGUUAAGACUGCAGAGAUGCUAUGUGGAGAAACCUCAUUACCUCGUCCUGCUCGAAAGCUUUAUAGCGCCACUGCCUCAAUCUUACGCACCGUGGACGUCGGUAAGGGAAGGGGAAACAAAGGUUUCGACCCAUAUUCGACCUUGGCUAGAACAGUCGCAAUGAUUGAUUAUGUCCAGGAGAUUGAGGCCUUUGAGGAAGAUAUGUUACUGGAGGACCCGGCCAUAAUCAAAUACCUAGAAGAAAACAACCUGAAAUUGGAAGGAAAUCUGGUUAGCGUGAUCAUUUCCCUGUUCGCAAAGAAUCUCGCGAUUGAAAACGCCGUUUUUCGCCGGCUUCGAACCAAAUGUCUGCCUCUUUGGAUGUUGUCGCAGAAAUUUGGGAGAGGGAUCGUGGUCAUUUUUGCGGUUGGCGGAAAUCUAGCGUGAGUUACACUACCAAUCCACCGUCACAGCCCUUGCUAACAGAUGUCAGUUCUCAUACCCACAAAUGGACUACGGCAGAAACAGAAGAAGUUGCUGAUACAUUGAUGAAAACGCUCCCGGAAUUCAAAGAGAUUUGCUCGCUCGCAGAAUCUAAUAUCCUCACACCAAUUGAAAAAGGACUCGAUUUGAUGCCGGUUCAAGAAAGCAAUACCAUUAUUGGGCUUUUCUCAGGAAGACGGGAGGAUCAAACAGGCAUGCAACAGCACACAACAGCACCAGAUGAUGUUGAUCAGUUGGAGUUUGAUGGCGACUCAAGCGAUAAGCCCAAGGUCGAUCGCAAGCCCAUUGCCAAGAAGAGAACAAAGUCGAAAGAGUCGAAACUUGAGGUCAUGAACGAUUACGCACCCUAUGAUAUGGAGUCAGACUAACGGAUUAGACAAUUGUUACAUUGGUUUUGCCCGCUGGUAGAUUGUGGAAUUAUGAUAUUUGGUGAGGAUCGGGGUGAGAAUGGGACAUUUGCCAUCGCAACUUGAUGAAUUGUGUAAUUAGUAAUGAAGUCAAUCGCGGCUUGUUGGGGCCUGUUGUGGCUGAGGCUUGCGAGCUACGCGUGGUAGUUAAUGAUGGCUCUGUUAAAAACGCGUAAUAUAUGU